CUGAACCAGUUGUCUUUGGACCAUUUGGAAAUAGUCUUAAAAUAGUGUUUAAGGUGGAUGAGUCAAGACGUGUCACUAAAAUAAAAGUUCAGUCUGUCCAAGAGCAUCGGGAUAAACAGACAGAGGUGGAAGUGGCCCUUCCGCUGCAGCAAACCCGCACAUCUGCUUUGGGGGCGAGUUUCCUUUUUUUACGCAAAGGAUGUGAGCAGGAGUGGCACUCAAGGGGCUUUAAAUAGGAACUGUCUCCAAACUUUGGGACAACAGAGCAUCUGAAAACUUCCAGCAGCUCGCAGUGGAAACCACCGGUUUGCUCCAGGAUGGACGUCAACAGGAGACUGGGGAUGAGGGACACUGUGCUUGCGCUCUUACUCACCGUACUCCAGGGAUUUCCUCUCGGGGAAACGGCCCCGAACCCGUCACCGCUGGUUGGAUCCAACUGGGGGAACCCGAGGAGAUAUGUUCACCUGCAGACAUCUACAGACCUCAACAACUUCUACUUGGAGAUCAAAUUAGAUGGCACUGUGCGCCGAACUACAGUCAGGAGUUCAUAUAGUGUGAUUUUACUGAAAGCUGAAACAAGGGAGCGCAUUGCCAUCCUCGGCGUCAAAAGCAGCCGUUACCUGUGUAUGGAUUUGGAAGGCAACCCAUUCAGCUCGCCCACCUGCCUCAGGGAUGACUGUCUGUUUAACCACAGACUUCUGGAGAACAACCGGGACGUGUACUAUUCCACCCGGACCGGCAUCCUGUUCAACCUGGAGGGCUCCCGACAGGUGUUCGCAGCGGGCCAGAACCUGCCGCAGACAUCCCUCUUCCUGCCUAAGAAGAACACAGUGCCGCUGGAGCGCCUCCUGCUGCACAGGGAGAAGAGGAACCAGGUGGUAGAUCCCUCCGACCCGCACAACGUCUACAUUGGUCAGACCGAGGAGGGCUCUGACUCUCGGGCCGUUCCGGAGGACGACGCCGAUCUGGAGGUGGAGGCCGGGGACGAUGGGCGUAACGUGUCCCGGGAGACGCCGCUGGCUCCUUCCACCCACGACCCCUGGAACGUGCACUCGUCCAACCUGGCCAGCCCCCGGAGCACCGGGACCAUGGGCUGAUUUUAGUUGUGACUGAUAUGGAUAUCAUUACCUUAAUCUAAGUGAGUCCAAGUUUAGUUUCGUUUUUGAUCUGUGAGAGAAAAAACAUUAACAUCUGACUUUAUUUUGACAUUAAGGCUUUUCCUUCUUUUUCACAGUGACUAAAUAAUGUAUUUUCACUCAUCACUCAUUCAAAAAACAGUGUUUAUACACACAAAUAUUAGACUUGACUUGCAGACCCUUUUUUAUUGCACAAUGUAUAAUGUUAAAACGCAAUUCUUUGAGAUCACUGCAGAUUUAAUAAGUUCAAUCAAUAAGGGAUAUGCGUUUUACCUGGAUUGUCUCAUCAGCAUUUAGUAUUUAGUACAUUCACAAGCAGGUUUGGUGAUUAAUGAAGCAUAUAGGGAUUUCACCACAUCUAAAAAUGUUGUUUGAUGUUACAUCUGACAAUUCUCCCAGACAGAAACAGAUUACUGAAAAAGAAAAUGUUAGUUUUGUGCCAAGAUGAGUAAUCCAAAUCCAUUUCCCAUUCCCAUCCAUUACAAUUAGUUGGCACUCUCUGACACUGCACUAUAGCUUAGAUAAAUGGGCCAUUUCUCAUCUAAGCCACAUGGCCGUAAACAUUGAUUAAAUUAUUCAUAAACACUGUUUGGUUUCCCUGAAGAACUAUGAUUUAUUUUAGUGAGGAUGUCAUUGCUUACCAAGCAAACAAAGCCUUAGAAAUUAAGAAUCCCAACACUGCGGACAAGUAAGCAUGUGCACGUUGUGGUCUCUUCUAAUUGAGGUUUUUACAGCUGGUCUGAGAAACCCACAUUUCAAAGUGACAUUGAUGUUAUCUCAAGACAGAAGCCUUAUUUAGCCUACCUCUGAAGGACUGAAGGCCCUGUGUACUGAUGUGAAAUUAGGCAGGCAUGAUUUAAAACAAAAAUAUAUUUCAUUUUGUAGAGUUAAGGUUAGGUUUUUUCCUCAUAAUUUAAAGUCCUACAUUUACUGAGUUAGAUAUAGAAGAUAUGUUUGUUUAGUGUAAGAUCUUGAACCUAAAACAGAAAUUCCAAAAACUUUCAAAACUACAGUUUUGCUACAAUUACAGUAUUCGUUGUGUUGUACUGUAUUCGUACAAUCUAAUUCAUGACUUGAAUGAAUAUAACUACAGGGUAAAUGUUUUACAGAGCAGUCAUCUUGAUGUGGUUUUUACAGGUGCUGGGCACCACCAGCAAACACUAAAACCAGUCCCAAAUAGUAUUUAUUUAUUUAAUUCCAUUCCUGUUUUGUUAUUUAUGGAUUUUAUGGAUAAAUGUACAUACAAGAAAACAUGGUUUGUCUUUGAAUGUAUGAGUUGGAGUUGUAGAUAGAGUGUUUGGGACAAAAUAAACUAUCAAGGAAA